AUGGAGUCUUUAAUCAACUCAAUUGUUGUACCCGGUGAUGUAAUUUUAGAUUUAACUGCGGAAGUCAAGUCCAAAAUUAUUGUGGGACCUGGUUUGCGUGUUUCUUCUAACAAAAUAAUAGCAACCAAAUGCGGGAUUCUUCAUAAAAAAGGUUCUAAUGUAUACUGGGUUGACAGUCGACAAAAAAGAUAUGUUCCUGCUAAAGGUGAAACAAUUGUGGGGGUUAUUACCAAUAAAUCGGGCGAUAUUUUUAAGGUAGAGAUAGGAGCAAGUGAACAAGCUCAGUUACCCUACUUAGCAUUCGAAGGAGCCACUAAAAAAUUUAGGCCUAAUAUUAAUGUUGGUGAUGUUGUGUAUGCCAGAUUACUUGUAGCCAAUAAAGACUUAGAGCCUGAAUUAGUAUGUGUUGAUUCGCAUGGAAAAAAAGGAAAGUUAGGUGUUCUUCCUUCCGAUGGAUUUAUGUUUAAUUGCAGUUUAAAUCUUGUUCGUAAAAUAUUAAAUCCCAAGUGUCCAUUAAUAGAUACAUUUCAAAGAACUUUACAAAUACCUUUUGAAAUAGCUGCUGGAAUGAAUGGAAAUAUUUGGAUUAAGGCUAAAACUGUUAAUGAAACAAUCGCUGUGGCCAAUGCAAUAUUAGCAGCAGAAUACAAAUCGGACAGUGAAAUUAAAGAAUUAUGUGAAAAUAUCGGAAAUGCUUUAGCCGGCUUUUGA